CUUUGUACAAGAUAACUCGUUUUAUCGGACCACUACAGUGCAUGAGCUCGCACUCGUCGGUAACGUUCUUGCUCAGUCCUUUCAUGUGUUCACAUAUUGAAGCUUGGACGGCAACCGGGAGCAUAUCUAUAUCUGAUGCAUCACUGUGCACCGUCCAUCACGCAGACUCAUGUAAGAAUCGUUCGUAACCCCAGUAUUGUACUACAAACACACUUCCGGCUCGAGAAACCCAGCGAGUUCCGGGGGAGAAGCAGCUUCGUAUCCGCAGGCUUUUUCAGCUCGUCCUUAUCCAGACCAGCAAGGUACGCAACCCAGGCGCUCAAGGCGAUCGUUAGAAGCCGCAGGUUGGUAGCUGCUCCGCACUUUUCUCGCUCCAUGAGCGACUCCAUCAAGGUCCCAAUCACCGUCAAUGUAGAGACUUGGUGUAAAAUCAGAAUUCCAGCAACUGGAUCAAUAAUCAAGCAAGCCAGGCGGCACAGGCUGCCGCGUGGCACGGUCUCGAUCCUGCCACUGAGGAAACGAGUAAGUCUGAGGCUAGCACCUGUACCAAGCACUCGAGCAGGUGAGACGACGGGGCGGGGUACCCCCUGACUGACACGUCGUACACCAAUGAAGGAUGGAGUCAGGUCGGCCAGGCAGUG